CUCUCGAAUUGUUCCUUGUAGGCACUCUUCAUAGCAAUACAUCUGCUUUUUCUCCGAUACACCGAUGAGGGUUUUAACAAACGUUUAAAGAAGCGGGAAAAUCAUCGGUUUGCUGGGAAUCUCCUUUAUCCGGAGAGAAUGGCACUUUAUCGCGGGAUCUCUUCCUUCGUUCUUCUUCUGGUCGCAUUGAGCACAUCGCCUAGCCAUGGCUUUCUUGGGACCGAGAAAAAGAUAAAGUCUGCAGUUUUCUUAUCACCAAAACUGGUGAUGAAUCCAGGAUCAGUUGCAAAUCCUUUCCUAUUCGACAUCGACUUCCCUAGAGGGCAUAUCGGCCUCAAAGGUUUCGAUGCUGAAGUGGUUGACGAAUCGGGCAAUCCCGUCCCUCUACACGAGACAUAUCUUCACCAUUGGGUUGUCCAACCUUACUAUGUUCGUAAAGGUUUCGAGCUUUCACAGCGAGACAUGCCCAGGAAUCACGGAUUUGCGAGGCAAGAUCCCGAAAGGAAUCUUGGUUCGAGAUCCGAUUAUAUUCUUGUAAAAAAUGGAGGGCUGUGCAGGAAUAGUGUAAGACAUUACUUUGGGUUAGGAUCAGAAACCCGCAAAACCUCGACAUAUCUUCCCGAUCCUUACGCGAUCGAAUUCGAUAAUCCUGAGGAAAGGCCUGAUGGGUAUGAAUUCAAAUGGCUUCUAAACAUUCACGCGAUAGACACAAGAAGCGUUGUAGAUAAAUCAGGCUGCACGGAGUGCCGGUGUGAUCUGUAUAAUGUAACCAUUGAUGAGUAUGGUCGAGCUUUAAGACCCGGAUACAAUGGAGGUCUAUACUGCUGCUACGAUAAGACGCAAUGUCUGGUGAGAAGUGGAUUUGAUAAUGGGGAGAAAACAAGAACUCUGUAUCUGAAAUAUACCGUGAGAUGGGUUGAUUGGGAUACCACGGUUUUGCCCGCUAAGGUUUAUAUCCUCGAUGUUACAGAUUCUUGGGAACGAUCACAAGGAUCAACAGGAGAUAGCCAAGAACAUUAUUGCCAUGUGGAAUACGAGGUGAAACCGUGCAAAGCCAAUGGAGAUGGAUGCGUGGAUGUUAAGAAAAAGAGCUUAAUGAUGCCAUUCAACGGGUAUAUUGUCUACGGCGUAGCUCACCAGCACGCGGGUGGUAUCGGUGCUGCUCUAUACCGAGAGGACGGUGAGGGAAUUUGCUCUUCGAUGCCAAAGUAUGGCAAUGGAGACGAACCUGGAAACGAAGCUGGUUACAUUGUUGGAAUGUCGUCCUGUUACCCUGAACCAGUAAGAGUGACCAAUGGAGAGACAUUGACCUUGGAGUUUAAUUACAGUAAUACCCAUGGUCAUACCGGAGUUAUGGGACUCUUUUACAUCCUCGUUGCUCAGCAGCUACCUGAACCGGAGAGCUCCUUGCCAGCACUCUUUCAGGCACAUGCGAAAAGCGUGAGCGUUUUAGCCUUCCUUGCGGUGACGGUGGUGGUGGCGGUUAUUGUUCUAAUAGCCGCCGUGGUAUACCGGGGACAGAACCGGGAAGAUGGUUACCAAUCACUUAGCAAGUAAAACUUAUGUCGACUAGAUAUUUUUCUUCAGUGUGAUAUGUCGACGUAGGAUUAUAAAUAAAAGAAGGUGUUGUUGUCCUCUUCCUGUAAUAUCAACUUCUGAAAUGUGUACGUUUAAGAAGUUUGCUUGUCAAAUAUGGGAUACAAUAUGCAUCACACGAGACGCAUUGGUUAAUGCCUUGUGGACUUUGUAAGUUAUUAGACGAGGUUAAAAGGCCUCAAGAAACCAACAAGAAAUCUUAAAUUUUA